CGAGGAAGUGAAAUCUUCCUUGUUAAAUUAACUUUUAGUAACACCUAAUUGUUCACAAUUGAAAUAUAGUUUGCAUAAUACCAUAUCAUUUAAUAAUUGGACCAUUGCACUGUUUAGAAGUACACAUUCUUUUAACCAUCGUCAUUUGAAAACCGUUCACAUGCUACUUAAUUGCUGUCCCUAAUGAUGGAAAUUCAUAAUUUUGGUGUUGAUCCAAUUACAUGCCAUGCAUGGAAUAAUGAUAGAACACAAAUAGCUCUUUCACCUAAUAGUAAUGAAGUUCAUAUUUAUAAAAGGGACAGCGAUAGGUGGUCAUGUAAGAAUGUUCUUUCUCAACAUGAUCUAAGGGUUACCAGCAUUGAUUGGGCUCCUAACACAAACCGUAUUGUCACUUGCUCAGCGGAUCGAAAUGCAUAUGUAUGGACGAAGGUUGAUGACAAAUGGAAGCCUACCUUAGUUUUACUUCGAAUAAAUAGAGCGGCCACUUGUGUUAGGUGGUCUCCUAAUGAAACUAAAUUUGCUGUAGGAUGUGGUGCCCGUUUGAUAUCAGUGUGCUUUUUUGAAGAAGAGAAUGAUUGGUGGUUGAGCAAACACAUCAAAAAACCUAUUCGGUCAACUGUAACUAGCAUUGACUGGCAUCCAAAUAAUGUUUUACUUGCCUGUGGUUCCACAGAUUUCAAAACGAGAAUUUUUUCUGCAUAUAUCAAAGAAAUAGAUACUAAACCAGAACCUACUGUAUGGGGAUUUAAAAUGCCACUUGGGAACUUAAUGGCAGAAUUUCCUAAUAACGGUUGGGUACAUUGUGUCAGUUUCUCUUCUGAUGGAUCCAAGCUGGCUUGGGUUAGUCAUGACAGUACUGUGUCAGUGUGUGAUGCAGAGCAAAAUAUGACGUUAGUAACAGUAAAAACCCAGUUCCUUCCUUUCCUUACCUGUGCCUGGAUAUCAAAUACUAGUUUAAUUGCUGCAGGGCAUGACUGUUGUCCUAUGUUAUACCAAUAUGACUCAAUGAAAUUAUCCUUUAUAUCUAAAAUAGACAAAUCACAAAAAAGAGAAGUUGAUGGAUUUAGUGCGAUGAGGAAAUUUAGAGACAUGGAUAAGCGUGCCAUAGUGGAGAACAGUGUGGAUACAUUAUUAGAUACAAUUCAUCAAAAUGCCAUAACCAGUUUAACAAUUUAUGCAGGUUCAAAGUCGAGUACAACAAAAUUGUGUACAACUGGAAUGGAUGGUAAAAUGGUUAUAUGGAACUUAAAGGCUUUAGGUGAAGUGCUACCAAAUGAUAUGUAGUGUGAUAAAUUUGCCCAGUUACAUGCUGGUUUCAACUCAGUUGGACACCUCCAUUCUUCCCCUAUUGGUGCUGCCUCAUGGGAGGAGACAAUUCUCCUGCCAGGCACUUGUUGAUUAUCAUCUAGUUGAUUGACUUGAGGAACAUACUUUAAUCAUCACAGGCACAAGGCCAUGGAUACAGCCAAGAUGACCAAUCAGUAGGGUUGCCUUUAGCUUGCUUUCUGACAGUGGUCCUCACCGACAAAGUUCUAUGUGUAAAUACUCCAUGCUGUUGUAGCUAUUAAAUCAUAAAUGCGGCAAAAGCUCAACCUUUAAUCAAUGCUGCUUCAUGUAAAAUUGGGUUCUAUCCAGUGAGUUAUCUAGUUCAACUUGAUUGACAGAUUAUUUUUAGAUUUGUAAUGCAUUCUAAAAAUAUCGCCUCAGCCUAGACCCUACUAAUUGGUCAUUGAAAACAUACAUUUUUAUGAAGAACACUCCCAUCUAGCAUCGUGUUCAGAAUAAAUUUUUUUUAAUUGCUUCCAUUUUCACUCUAUUUGUAUAUUUCUAAUUGUUUCUUUUUAUGUUGGUUGUUACCUGGAAGCCAAUUUGAUUAAUUAUAAAAAAAAUAUCUGGUUGUUAAUAUAUUUUGUAUUUUAUACUUGUUAUACUCAAUUAAAUUUAGAAGUAUGUCAUGCUUUAAUGUCUUACAUUUUGAAAAUCGUUUAAUAAUCUAAUAAUUAUCUAAUUUUACAUUAAAGCCAAAGAAUUGUCUGGUGUAAUUUAUUUAAUAAUAAAAAUAAAUAUGGAAGUGGUUUUUUUAAUAUAUUCUCAAUGUAUUUCUAUGUUUUUUUAACAGCAAUCAUGACAUACUUUCUAAAGUGGUUUAUUUUUAUUAUUGUUUGGCUACUCUACAUAAUUUGUAAUAGCGAAACUGUUUUGAACAAUCGUUUCCUUUCUAUAUCAUCACUGUACUUAAGUGAUUUUAUUUCUCUCUGCUUAAAAAUGACUGAUCUUUAAGCAGUUCGAAUAAUCUUGUAGGUAUAUAUAAACUAUUAAAAGAAUGUAAUUAUAAAAUAAAUUGUUUUUUAAGAAAUUGGA